AUGGGCAGCAAUGAUCAGCUGCUUCAAUCCUUUAUUGCUAACCUUGGGCGUGGUUUUGACAUUAAGGAUCUAGGUCCUUUGCAUUAUUUUUUGGGAUUACAGGUUACAAAACGCUAUCAUGGGCUGCAUAUUAAUCAGCUUAAGUAUGCUCAUGAUCUUCUCUCUAAACAUGACCUUUUGCUUAGCAAGCCUGUUCGUACGCCCAUGUCUGCCAAGUCUGAUCUUCACUCUACUGAUGGGGUUUUCCUUGAGAAUCCUACAGUUCCUACAGUGUAUCGUGAGCUUGUUGGGUCUUUGCAAUAUCUCACAAUCACCCGUCCUGACAUUGCUUUUGCUGUUAACUUGGUCUCUCAAUUUAUGAGUCAGCCUCGUGUUCCCCAUCUCAUCGCUGUCAAACGUAUCCUUCGUUACGUCAAGGGCUCCCUUGGUCAUGGGUUGCUGUUCACUCCUCAACGUCAACCAGUUCAUCUUUCAGCUUACUCUGAUACAGAUUGGGCUGGUUGUCCAGCGUCUCGUCAGUCUACAUCUGGCUACCUUGUGUAUCUCGUUUUACUACAUUGUGAUAAUCUCAGCACCACAUAUAUGGCUUCCAAUCCGGUGUUCCAUGCCUGCACCAAGCACAUUGAGCUUGACUACCACUAUGUGCGUGAAAAAGUUGCUCGUGGAAGUCACAGAGUUUGCUUCAUUCCUUCCAGAGAUCAGCCAACUGACUUACUCACAAAGCCACUUCACAAGUCUCGGCAUCUUCUUUUCACCAGCAAACUUGUCCGUCCAGGCCUGUCAAGUUUGAGGGGGGAUGUUAAAGAUACUCAAUCACUAGCCAUUGAUAUGGCUAUAAUGCUGUGCAUUAAUCUAGGAUCAGUUUUGAUAUUGUUAUAA